AUGGAUUCAAUCCUAACUCAGAUGAGCGCGAGAAACGUGUGGGCACUGGACGAGUUAGACCCUCUGUUCCAAUUCAGUCUGGAGAAAGUUCUCAAUCACAAUGUGAAACGAAGUGCGGUACUCACUGAUAACCCCGAGGAAGCGGACUUUUUCUUUGUUCCAUUCUACGGACGAAUGGCAAUGACAUUUAAAGACGAUAAGUAA